GCUGUUAGCAACGGAAAGAACCCGAGAUAGCUGUAAACCCUAUUUUGAGAUAAUCUAAUUUUUUGUUAGGAUUACGUAACAAAUUGACAAGAGGUGUAACACCCAUGUUUGUUUUGGAAGAGUGAUUGGCAUGUGUUGUCUUUUUUAAAUAUUAUUUUUUUUCUGUUUUAAUAGGAAUUGUACAGAUUGCUAAUUUAGCUAGCAACUGCUAGCCAGCUAGCUUCUUAGCAUAGCAUCUUCUUCAAGAGGCACGUUGACAUUAGCCUGCCAGCUAGCAAGAUCUUAGGAUCGCUAACGUUAGCGAACUGUCACACAAUUACACUCCGUCUCGUCGUCAAGAAAUUGCGGUGUGAAGCUGGUCGUUUUAAGACGCUGUCUUUUAUGGGAUCACCAUGUCAAUGAAGGCCGGUGGAAAUCGCAGCAAGCCCGGCGGUGGCAACGCCGCUGGUGCCCCUGCCUCCGGUGCCGGAGGAAGCGGCGGUGGAAGACAGAAUCUGGGCAGGGGAAGACACAGUGGUAAAGGUCCUGCAGCAGUCAUUUUCAAUGGUGUAUAUGCAAAUAUGAGGAUGGUCCAUGUCUUGACGUCAGUGGUGGGGACCAAGUGUGAGCUGAAAGUGAAGAACGGAGCAGUCUAUGAAGGAGUAUUUAAGACAUACGGUCCAGAGUGUGACUUGGUGUUGGAUGCAGCCCACAGGAAGAGCCCAGAGCCGAGCAUAGGCCCCAGGAAAGAGGAUAUUGUGGAGAGCAUCAUUUUCAAGGCCUCAGAUGUGGUAGUAGUGACCUUCAAAGACGUGGACCUGAAUUUCGCCAGGAAAGUCUCCUCUGAUACAGACAACUUCACAGAUGCAGCGGUGAGUGGUAGGAUCAAUGGUGAGCAUAAAGAGAAAGAUCUAGAGCCCUGGGAUGGAGGAGAGACCCACAACUCUGACAGCCUUGAGUCUCUGGAUACAGAUGUGUCAAAUGGGUGGGACCCUAAUGACAUGUUCAAGUACAAUGAGGAGAAGUAUGGAGUCUUGUCUACAUAUGACAGCAGCCUGUCCACAUAUACGGUCCCCCUGGAGCGGGACAACUCAGAGGAGUUCCUCAAGAGGGAAGCGCGUGCUGCCCAGCUGGCAGAGGAGAUUGAGGCCAGUGCUACAUACAAGGCCCGUGUGGCCCUGGAGAAUGAUGACCGCUCUGAGGAGGAGAAAUAUACUGCUGUGGUGCGAGGGGAAAGGGAGACUCACACACUUAGCAGAGAGAAUAAGUACAUUCCUCCAGGUCAGAGGAACAGGGAGGCGAUGUCAUGGGGGCCGGGACGCCAGAAUUCACCUCGUCUGACUCAGAGCUCAGCUGGGCCCUCAACUCCUCGACCAGGACCUCAUGACUACAGUCCCAGCUCCGGUGCUGACCAGAGGGUGGUGAACGGAGGUUCAUCCCAUUGGCCCUCACCCUGUCCGUCUCCUUCCUCCCGCCCCCCCUCUCGUUACCAGUCUGGCCCCUCCUCCCUGCCUCCUCGGGCAACCACGCCCACCCGGCCACCCUCCAGACCCCCCUCUCGACCUUCCAGGCCUCCCUCUCAUUCAUCCCACCCCUCCUAUCCCUCCUCCUCAUCCUCCUUUUCCCACCAUGGGCCCACGUCGCCAGCCUCCACUCUGCCCAAACGCAUGUCUUCAGAAGGUCCACCCAGGAUGUCUCCAAAAUCCCAGCGGACGCCUCGUGCUCACAGAGUGCCACCCAGCCGGACCACUGGAGUCCCUCCAGGAGUGGACUUAAUUUCCCACAAUGCCCCUGGGGAGGUACCAGUGACUCCCCCAACUAGGAGCAACUCCUCUGGAGGCACAUGGUCCUCAGUGGUUAGCGGAGCUCACAGACCUCGCUCCCCACGACAGAAUAAUAUGGGUGGGGCGUCCCCUGGCUCCUCCUCCCUCCCGUCACCCCAGACAGGAACAGCUCCUGUGGAAACUGCUGCUACACCAACAUCAGUUUCCUCUCCUACUGCUGCUAGCCCUGCUCCCAACAUGGUUGCCUCUCCAUCAGGAGAUGCAAAAGAGUGUCGUGUUCAGGAGACAAGACAAACAUCCCCCACGGCAAACAAGGAGAACAUCAAGCCUUUGGACAGCUCACCUAGUAUCACCAGACCAGUCUGUAAAGGACCCCCUUCUAUGGCACCAGACCACAGAAAACAAAUAGAUAAUUUAAAGAAAUUUAGUGUAGAUUUUAGGUUGCAGUCUAGUUCAAACCCAGACCCUGCCUUUGACCAGAUGAUGACCAAGCCACCCAGAGAUCAAGCAGACAAGCCUAAAGACCUUCCCCUGGACAAAGCCUCCACAGUGGGGCGAGAGGGCACUGAAGAGGGUGUUGUAGGGAUUGCUGCUGGCACCCCCGGUGGUGCCCCUGCUCCAUCCACUACCACCACAAACACCAGUAAGCCUGGCAGCCCUGCUGCACUGUCCCCGUCUCCCUCAGCCCCGGACCAAAAGAGGGCAGGGCUGGAUGUGACAUCGCAGGGAGUUCAGACGACAUCCACAUUCAGUGGACCCAAGCAUGAAGAGAAAGAGGAGAAAAAGGAGGCUGUACAAGAUCAAGUGAGAAAAUCAACCUUGAACCCAAAUGCCAACGAGUUCAAACCCAGGUUCAAUACACAGCCCAAACCAGCCAACACCCCAACACCCCCCCGACCUCAGGGUCAGCCCAGCCCCUCCAUCGUGGUCCAGCAGCCCCCGGCUGUUUACAGUCAGACAGUCUGCUUCCCCCAGAUGUAUCCCCUCACACCAGUCAGCCCUGGAGUGCAGAAAAGCAUAAUAUGGAAGUCUCCAGCUAUGUACCAGGUUCAGAUGCCUCAUAUGACGGUCAGCCAGUCUAAACCCUACAGACCAGGUAAAGUACCCAACAUGACCCAGCAGAGGUCAGACCAGCACCACCCACCAGGCACGCCCACCAUGAUGCACCCAGCGACGGCAGCAGGACCACCUAUUGUAGCACCAAGCCCCGCCUACUCUACCCAGUACUUCACCUGCAGCCCGCAGCAGUUCACCAGUCAGCCGCUGGUCCAGCAGAUGCCUCACUACCAGUCACAGCCGCAGCAUGUGUUCAGUCCAGUAAUGCAGGGGAGCGCCAGGAUGAUGGCACCUCCUACGCACGGACAACCCAGCCUCGUCUCUUCCUCAACUACACAGUACCCAGAGCAGACACACACCAUGUAUGUGUCUCCAGGGCCGAUGCCUCAGCAGUACCCCCACCCCAGCGCCACCUUGCACCCUCAUCCACAGCACCCCCAGCCCUCUGCCACGCCUACAGGCCAAGCCCAGCAGGGUGGUCCCCCACAACAUGGAGGUCCUCCUAGCCAUCCAGCUGCCAGCCCAGUCCAGCACCCACAGCACCCGCAGGCAGCAGCAGCGGCAGCAGCAGCCCAGGCCCUCCACCUGGCUAACCAGCCCCCACAGCAGCAGAUGUACUCAGCCUUGGCGCCCACGCCCCCCUCCAUGACCCCGGGGCCCAACCCUCAGUCUCCCCAGGCAUCGUUCCCCUCUGCCCAGCAGACUGUCUAUAUCCACCCGCAGCAGGUGCAGCACGGCUACAACCCCAACCACAUGGCACACGUGCAGCAGGCCCAUAUGCAGUCUGGUAUAGUACCGUCUCACCACCCGGCACCCACCCACCCCCCGAUGAUGCUGAUGGCUACCCAGGGUCCUCCAGGGGGUCCACAGCCACCCAUGCCCCAGACUGCCCUCAACCCCAUCCCUGUUUCCUCCACCACACAUUUCUCCUACCUGGCACAUCCACAAGAACGAAGACUGGAUAUUGUCAGCUUUUACACUGAAGGCACAUUAGGAAGAAAUCUCUGUAUGUAUGAUCAGGAGAAAGCAUGUUUAAUUCACAUUGACAUUCACAAUGACUAUGACUACUGAUUAACCCACAUGAAAAAAUUUUAAAGAACUUUGUGCUUGGAAAAAAAAAAAAAAAAAAAAUUUUACUGUUUUGAUCACAUCACCCAACCUUUUACUUUUAAUGUACUUUUUAUUGUAUAACUGUGGACAAUCCUAAAAUCCAUGAACUUUACAUUUCCCCCAUUUUGUCUCGUCUCUGCAGUGCAGCCUCAUCAUCAGCAGCAGCUGUAGAUAGAGGGCGCCAGUGAGCUGAGGGACCCGCUCUGCGUCGCGCUUCUCAACCAGAGCCUUCAUAACCAGGCGAUGAAGAGAAUGAGAGCCCUCCCUCUCCUCUCUUUCCUCAUCCUCACCAGACAUGCUUCACAUCAGCUUUUCUCUUCCUUCCCUCCCCUCCCCUCCCCUCCCUCCCUCCCAGACUAGGCAAUAAGAGAAUGUUAACAGGUUGUUGCAGUGACAUGUUUUAACAAGCUAGAGAUUUUUAACGGACAAGACUGCUCCAAUUCAGCCCCUGUACACAUGCAGAUAUCACAGACACAUACACACACAAAUAAAAUGCCCAGACACACACACACACACACACACACACACACACACACACACACACACACACACACACACACACACACACUUUCAGGGGUCCUAAAUUGCAACUUGAGUCAGCUUGCCAAGUAAGACAUGAAAGAGAGAAUGAGAGUAACUAAUCAGUGAGAGUGAAGCAGAAAAUUCAACUGGAACUUGUAUUUUGUCUGCACCUUGUUACGGGAAAAAAAAUCUUCCAACUUUUAGACAGUAUUAAUCUUACUGUUUAUUGCUGCUGCUUUGUGCUGCGUUUGUUUCCAGAGUACAUGACAGGUUUCUAACCAAACUAAAAAUGAAACAUGACAAGAAGCUUCCUGUGAAAUAAACACAUUUUGGCAGCCAAGAGGACAGGAGAAAUGUUAUUUAUGAAAUUAUAAUGGCUGAGGUGAUCAGAUCCCACGUCUCACCUGACCCUUAUGUAACUUUUAAGUUAAAACUUUUACUUUGUAGAUAAUAUAAAUAAUUUAAAAAAUGAGCAAAAAAAUUUAAAAACAAUAAAAAAGUUUUAAAAACUGAA